AUGCAAGAAAAGUAUGCUCUGUUGGAAGAAGUGUGGGCGGCCAACCUUGAAGCAUACCGCAUCAUCAAAGGAUUACAAAUCAGCUUCAUUGUGUGCCAUGUCAGCAAAGUAAACGGUCGAUUUUCAUCCAGCUACUUUGACCAGUAUUUAUACUAUUUUCUGAUCUUCAACGAAAGUGGUCUCCGUCUCACCAUGUCAAGCCCUACUCCUUCCACCGCUCCAAACGGCCGGUUCUCCAGAGUUUUCAGCGAAUCGGACGAAACCCAGAUCCUGAGAUGUUUAAUCAGAGCCACGAAAUCCAUUUCUCCACCAAUCACCACCGUUGGUACCCCAACAAUAAACCGCAUCGUCAAGCAUCUCAACUACAAGUUCACUCCUUCCCAAAUCAACGACAAGCUCCGUAGACUGAGAGACAAGUACCACAAAUAUGCAAGAAACAGGUCCCUCGUAAGAACCCAUCACGACCGAAGAAUGUUCAAGCUCUCAAAAAGAAUAUGGGGCAAGAAAACAACCCCAAAGAAGAUUGAGAAGGUGGAGGAGGGAGUGGAAACUGGGAAGGUAGAUGGGGUUUGGAAUUUGGAGAAAUUCCCUUAUUUGGUGGCUGAGUUUUCCAAGGUUUUGCCUGACAAUGAGGUGUGGAAAGAGAGGAUGAAGGGGUUCGAAGAGGAGGAGUUGAGGAAGAUGGAUCAGGAAUGGGUAUUUAUAAAGGUUGAAGAAGCUAAACUGGUGGCUAAGAAGGCUGAGUUGAUGCAGCAUCAGAUUUUGGAGAUAAUGGGUGAUUCUGGGUCUGCUAAUGGGGUUAAUUAGUUUCUGAUUUUUCUUUUAGUUGUAGUUUCAUUGUACUUUUACUUUGAUCUGUGUAAUUAACUUCAUUGUCUGGUUGGCUGUUGAGGGUAGAACUGCAAACUGAUGAACAAUUUUAGGAUUUUAAGGUUAACAAUGUGUUUUUUGUGCAGCCCAUUAAUCCAAAUGUGUAAAUGAAGCCGAAAGUAUGAAACUUGGAAUUGUUUUUAAGCUUUCAUCUCUUAUUUUUUAAUCGUUUUUUUUGCUGUUUUAAGCUUCAGGUUUUGCCUCUUUUACGGGUAAACUAUAGCAGCAGCAUCUUUGGCUGAUGGGAAAACUCUCAAAAGUGAAAAUUUUGUGUAGUGUAGCUUGGUUAGUUUUGUUUGUUAUCUUGUUAGACCCUUGUUAGAUUUCCAGAACCAGUGUUUUACUGGUAUUUGAUUUUUUAAUCUGAUGGCCCUAUUGUAGGGAGGAUCAUCCUCUUUUGAGAAUUCGAACAAGAAAAAAAGGGCUUCACGAUUAGCUUGACCUCACCUGAGAAGAGUUUUUUUUUUGGUUACAGAGAAGAGGAUCUUUCUUAUAUUGGAGAAAGAGGGAUUAAGGUCACACAUGACACAGCUUCAAUAACUUAAAUAAAUAUACUGCUUAUUUGUGCUUGUAAGUUGUAAUCUUCACUUCAGUGUUCUGAUUAGUAUGAAUUAUGAAUGAUGAAAUAUUUUCAGUCAGAUUAUGAAUCUUACAAUCUAAAAGUACCUUGUCAAUAGAGUCUAAUAUGAUGCCUGUUACAAAGAUUGCAAUAGAUAGAUAAAGCCGGGUGACAGAAACCUAACUAUUUUAUAUGUUGUUUGAUAGUGGAACUUCCAAAAAAUGACACAGCGGGUAUAUUAAUCAUCAAGCAUAAGCAACAAAGGCAAAGUUCAAGGUAGAAAAUCAGUCUAGUUCUAUUCUUUUCGCGAGGAAAAUAUAGCAUUUAUCAAUUAUACCAACCUCUGCAACAGUAGCUGGGACAGAAAGCUAGGUUAUACAAAGGUUCUACCUUGUUGGCAAGCGCACCUGAAAACUAAUGGAAAUUUGUUUAGUUUCUUUAAGGCUAAUAUUGUUAUGUCCAGCCCAUUAAUGCUAAUGCUGUUUCUGAAGCAGUUGUUUAAGCCUUCAUUUGGUUUCC